GCUUACAAACUCGUAUCAGCUGAGAUCGAGUUAGUGUGUCUCUGGCCUCCUCUCAGCAGAGUUCGUCAUCGGGACUCAGCGGGGCACACUCCCCACCCCUGUUCUUAUCUAACCUCCUCAGCCACAACUCCUCUCUAGCCUCAGUACUUCUCUCCAGUCCAACGUGCUCCUGGCGAAAUUUUUCCACCCCUAGUCCUCCUUUCCUUCCUCGUUUCCAGGGCACGUUAUCGUUUUCUUUUCUUAAUCACAUUCUCUAACGCGGCUCUCGUUCCCACCCUUCACCUCUGAUUUAAAGGGAGCCCCAGUGCAAUUCAUAUACGAGAAUAAUUUUAAGAUUUCUGCUUUUAACACGAUUUCUGGGGUGGCCUUCCCUCUGCGUCCCCGCUGAGUGAGUCUGCAAUUUUUCCCGACCUGGACUUUCCUUGUUGAACUAGUGCCCUCUCCUCCCAUCCUUUUCCCUCUUCUCUUUUUCCUCCACCUCCUCCUCUUCCUCCUCUUCUCCCGCCAGUGAAAUGGGUGCCGUCAAGAAGACUCGGUGCGAAGCGGUGCCGGCACGGGUGGCUCUCGCGCUGCUCACCUCCGCCGGGGUGGUGGUGCUGUACAUCCUCAGGAUCAACUUGUCUGUCGCCAUCGUUGCCAUGGUGAAGCCAGUGCAUUCACGGGGUGCCUUCAAUGCGACCAGAGGAGCUGUCCCUAAGGCCUACUGUUCCUCCUUCACCGGUGCCUCCAAUAUGAACGCAACGGCUUACGAAGACUACGAGGAGUUUGGGAAUCUUGCCUUUAAUGCGACGGAACAAGACGAUUGGGACGUGAGCGAGGAUUCAGAUAAGCUUGCGCUCACCAGCACACAGAAAGGGAUGGUACUUGGUGCCUUCUUCUACGGCUACUUCGCUACAAAUAUUCCCGGCGGGCGUCUGGCGGAGGAGUACGGCACGAAGAGAGUGUUUGGGGGAUCCAUUCUUAUUUCCGCCUUGCUCACACUGCUCAUCCCCGUGGCUGCGAGGGUGCACUACAUCCUCUUCAUCCUGCUCAGAGUCGCCAUCGGUCUAGUCAAUGGCGUCGUGUAUCCAGCAAUGAAUGUGAUGGUUGCCCGCUGGAUUCCUCCCCUUGAGAGACCCCGCUUUAUGUCCUUCACCUAUAUGUCAAAUUCCUUGGGCACCAUCUUGACAUUGCCCCUGUGCGCCGUGAUCGCCGACACGAUGGGGUGGCCCGCCGUCUUCUACAUUACGGGCGGGGCGUCGCUGGUGUGGGUGGCCGCAUGGUUCCUCCUGAUGCAUGACAACCCAGAGGACCACCCGAGGAUCAGCCCCGAGGAGAAGAAAUACAUCCUGGAGGCCAUCAGGGCGGAGCAGAGCCAGGCCAAACCCACCCAGACCCCAUGGUGCGCCAUUCUGAGCAGCCUUCCACUCUGGGCCAUCACCGUUGCUCACACUGGCUGCAUGUUCGGCUUCAACCUCCUACUGACGCAGCUUCCCUCCUACAUGGACAGCAUCCUUGGCUUCUCAAUCACCAGCACCGGCCUGCUUUCCUCCCUGCCCUUCCUCUCGCAAUUCCUGGUUGGCAUCGCCUCGGGGAUUCUGGGAGACUGGCUGGUGAGCAGCGGCCGCAUCGGCGUGCACACCUCCAGAAGACUCUUCUGCACCGUCUCUGUGCUCCUGCCGGGGCUCCUCAUCGUGCUGGUGGGCUACAUGGGUUGCAACACGACCAUGUCAGUGGUGGUCUUGUGCCUCAGCUCGGGCUUCGUCGGCGCCAUGUGUUCUGGUCAGCUGGCGAACACUCAUGACCUGUCCCCGAACUUCUCAGGUACCAGCAUGGGCAUCACCAACACGAUCGCCUAUGCAGUGUCCAUGUGCGUGCCAGUCAUCGCCGGUGCCAUGACUGCCGACCAGACGCUGGAGGAGUGGAAAGGAGUGUUCUGGCUGACGGGCUCCAUCCACACCUUCUGCUGGCUGUUCUUCGUGGUCUUCAGUUCCGUCGAGGUACAGCCCUGGAACUACGGCAAGACUUCCUGCGACGAGGAGAAAGUGACGAACGGAGGCGUGGUAGACGAAAAGAAAGAAGAUGGAGAAACGGAGGAGAAAUGUCUGAUCCCUGUACGAGUAGAUAAGCCUGAGAUAGUGUAGAUAAGGCUUGUGUUCUUAUUGCAUCAGCCUGAAACAUUAUAUCAUCAACACAUGCGGAAAAAAAAUGAUGAGGAGGGUUAUUUGCAGUGUAUAAUGUUAAUGUAAUCUCAUUCAUAUUCAUUACUUAGGUUUUUUUUUUUUCUCUUAUUCCAUUUCAUUAUAAGCAAAACCUCGAUGACAUGCAGGUAAUUACACAUCUCUCUCUCUCUCUCUCUCUCUCUCUCUCUCUCUCUCUCUCUCUCUCUCUCUCUCUCUCUCUCUCUCUUUCUCUGUGUGUGUGUGUGUAUGUGUGUGUGUGUGUGUGUGUGUGUGUGUUCUACAAACAUAUUUACUUUCAUACUGUACUCCUAUUUUGUAAUUUUUCUUUGUUAUCUUUAUGUAUUGCCUUCAAAAUGACUUUUUUUUUUUGUCGCUUAUGGUUGUGAUUUGAAUUGUAAAUAUGUGAAAGACAGCGUUGUUAUUAAAGUAAGACCGAUGUGACUUGAUGGUGCGUGGCGAGGCCUGCUGAGUGAUGAUUUGUGAGUUUGGCCGCGGCUGGUCCACGUGGCGGGCGCUGAUGCAGGCGAGGUGUGUCAGUUGAGGUGAUGAGCGGUCUUCUGCCACUGCCUUUUACUAUAAUGGUCUUUUGAUAACUUUCAGAGCAGUAUAAGGGAUAUUUUGCAUGGACAUAAUUAUAGAGAAAAAAGAGAAUAAGAGGUUAAUUUUGUAUACAAGUUACAUAACUAUUUAACAUUAGUACAAAUAAUAAGUGUCUUCAAAGUUGUAAAGGCUUAUGGAGAAAAAAAAAAAAAGAAGAAAAUUAGCCGUGAAAUGAUUAACUUUUUGCUACUCGAAAUAAUGAGUCGUUUGCUAGUUAACCAAGAAAACCAUUUCAGCCAUCCAGUUUGUUCGGGCGCUUUACCAACGUGGGGAGCGCUGUGAUUGGGUAGCUUACGAAAAAACUGUGAAUGUGGCCCAUUGUCUAGCAAUAUUCAUUUAAUAGCGUGAGCAAAAGCUGAAGUGUCGUCGAAUCCUGUUCAUACGUUUCAGAAAAAAUGUGAAGAUCCGGAGACUUACUUGUGUGGUAUGGAGGUGUGUGGAGAUACUGAUGUGCUAUUUGUGGGGGCUAACGGAGUCACCUUGUUCACGAGUCUACUCAUUAUUUAUACCUACAGUCUCACUUAUUCGUACAUCUGCAGCAUUUAUUUUUUGUCAUGACUCCCACGCAGCGUCAGUAAUUUAUUAAACCAAACCAAUAUCAUAAUUUUGGAAACGAGCACAUAGGAAAUCGAAAAAAAAAUAAAUAAAUAAAAGAGUAAUCAGACUUGCUUUGACCAGUGAAAUAAUUUCAAUGUAAAAUUUUGUCACGUCACUCUUACAUAUCAUACAAAAAGGUGAUUAAAAAGCAAAUAACAAUCACUCACCUCUGUAAUGUCACCAAACUGAAAAAACAAAACAAAAAAACAAAACAGAGCAUGAAAUUAAAGACAAAACAAACAAUAAAGACAUAAUGACACAAAA